AUGUUAACCGCUCACGGUGAUUGUACACUACCUUUUUCUUGAGGAAGAGGAAGAAGAAGAAGAAGAAAAGAAGAAUAAUUUCACUGUUUUUGCUUCCUAGUUGUGUUGAAUGUGUAUGUAUCUGUGUUAGAAAUUGUGAUCGUGUUUGGGUUUGUAUGAUAUUUUGUGACUUAGUGAAAUGAAUUUUGUAAAUUGGUGUGGAAAUUUUGUGUCUUUAACAACCAUCAUAUGUGAGUAGUAGCUUGGAUUUUUCGUUUAUGAAUUGAAUUCCUACAACUGAUAUAGUAUCGGAUUUGUAUGUCUACAGCUGUGAUUGUGAUCUAUUUUUUUUUUAACAAUUUCUUGUUAUUCUUUGAUUUUAUAUGGUGUGUUUUUGUGUUUCAAAUUUCGGCUUAGAUUCUUUGCUUGUGGCUAGCUCCUGAUGAGAUUCCCUUUAGUGGGUUUAGAUUGUUGCAAGGUUCCAUCUUUCCUAUAUGGGAAUGGAAACCCACCUAGGAUGGAUUCUCUUAUGCUUGGUGCAGCUUUGGAGUUUUUGGUGUGGUGUUUUUUUUUUUUUAUGAUAAGUGGAUGAGUCUAAGCAGAGGUCUUGGAUGUCUGUACCAAUUUCGUGUUUGCUAGAAUCGGUAUAUUUGUUUCAAUGUCAAUUGUCCAACUUCUGGUGGGUUUAUGUUGAACUUUGCUUGAAAAUGGGAUUUUAUCUGCAAACUCACACAGCGGUUAGCGUAUCUUAUUCAAUAGGGUAUUGACUUGUUUGAUGCAUCUUGUGGUCACUGGUUUUGGUGUUCAUUGAUGGUUCUUCUCUCUAGGUGUUCUGUGACUUGGUAAACUGUAGACAUAUGGGAAGAAAGGAACUUAACAACUCACCUGCAUGGGGGUGAAGUUUAUGUCUCCAUAUGACUGACAAAGUCUCAUAUUGAUGGAGCUUGAUGUGAUCCUUAUUUUCCUUGUAAAAUUCCUUUUGAGUAUCUAUAUUGGCUAGUGUUCUUUUUGGUCGGUAUUCAGUGUUAUGGUUCUUGUUCAUUUCAAAGACCAGCUAACUAGCUAACAUUUAGGGGCAAGCUGAAUGUGCAACAUGAAUGACAGUAAAAGGGUCUAGUAGUAUGUUUCAAACUGUUCCUGUUGUAUUUUUUUUUUCCUCCAGCACAGUAAUGACAUGUAAUACGGUACAUUUUCUGUAUUGAAGUUUCAAAGUUUUUCCAGGAUUGAUGAUCUGUAUCGUGACAUGAUAUACGACAAAAAUGAUUAUAUAGUAAGAAUUACCAGUCUGAUCAAGCUCUGCUUCCAUUAAUGGAAGAUUUUGCUGUACAUUCCGUUAAUGCAAGAGAUCUGCUGCAAUAUGCGACAAAAUCUGUUGAAAGUCAUUGUUUCCUUAAGAGCUGCUCGAAUCAAAUAUUAUUGAGCAACAAAUCUCUCCUCAAGGAUCAUCUCUAAAACAUAAACCAGAAGGGAAUUAAAUAUCAGGAGUAAGAAAACAAACAUACAUGGAUGUCCGCUUUGCCAAGUUGUAGGCUACAACUUGAUGCACUCAGAAGUAUGAUUUAUGGUCUUGUCGAAAUUGAGAUGUUGUACUGAAGUUAGCAUGUUAGGUUUGGUGAUGAUUGUUUCAGCAUAUUGGCAAGAAAGAUUAGGCAGGUACUGAAUCAACUGCAGGGGGGAAUAAUCAAAGGAGGAUGAAUAUGCAGAACUUUCGGAUUAUGGAAAUUUUUUAUGCAAGAUCAUGGCAUUAUUAAUCACAAUGCAUUACAUUGCAUCUUAGAUUUCUACUACACAUUUGCAGGAAGGAAGGAGAUACAUUAACCAUUAUUCAAUAAGUUCAAAAACAAAUCACUUAUCUUCAUCAUCUCUCCAAAAAAUCAGCAUCACAAUGCAACGCUGGAUUAUAUACAGCUUUGCUCGCUUUCCCUUCAAGAUUCUAUCUCUUGGAACUGCAACAUUGGAUCCUCUCCGCGGAGGUAAAGGCAGACACCCCAUCUCUCUUCUGCAGAGCAGAACGAAUCCUUUUCAACAGUUGAAUCAGAAAGGGGCAAAGGGCUCAUAUGUUCCAUUAAACCAUUUGAAAAUUUUCUUGUACAUUAAACACAACGGCUAGUUUCCACUCUAAUGAGGAUCAUAUCGAAAAACUAUUUGUCUUUCGAUAUAAUAGAUUCCAUGGAAAAAUCACAAUUCUAAUGAAGGUGGGGUUAGGAUGUGAAGGCGUGCAAAAACUGUUCUUAUGAUUUUGAGUAGAAGAGUCUGUCUAUCUAAAGCACAGCACAAAAUCCCAUCCUUCACUUUUCUCUCCAUUUUCAUAUAACAGAUUUACAGACACAAAACUGUUUUGCUUUACCAUUGAUAUGGUACAACACAAUGAUAUAUGGUCACUGACUAUAUGCUUGUAUAUAAAGACUGACCAUUCUAAAAAAGGGUUUGGAUCAAACUAGGGAGCUAAAGGAUAUCUAGGUAGACACUGAUGGACAAUACAAAGGGUAUAGGGGAGGUAGCUGUUAUGUUCAGGUGUGUCUAUGUUAUUGGUCAAAUGACAUGAUUAAACUCAACAAAGGAGGAUAUUGACAGAAAAAGAAGAGUGAAAUUUCUUUUAGGAUAGAGAACUGUUAAGACCAUUCCCCACAUAGGGGUCACAUUGAAUAAUCACAUCCCCAACAGCUUAUUAUCACCGAUGCCAUGUUAGAGAAAUCAUGAAAGCUGACAAACAUGAUACUCCUAGAAUAAGAAGAAACCGUGCUUUUUCUUUCUCUUCCAAUCAAACUUUACAGUAGACAAAAGAGGAAAAGCAGACAAAAUAAAAAAGUAUAAAAUGGUUUCAUGGAUUCACUCUAUCAAACAACCCUGCAACCCUAUCUAGCCACUAGUUAGUUCUCUCUCAGUGGCUGAAAAUGGUGAACUUUUCCACUUCAUUUCCUCUAUGGCUAAGUUUAUUGUUGAUCCAUGGUUACAAUGUGCUUGUUAUGGCACAAUGCCCUAGUGGAGGACCAACCAGGUUUUAUGAUUUCAAGGUACAAACCACAAGAGUUGCUAAACUUUGCACCAGCAAAGAUAUGGUGACUAUCAAUGGAAUGUUCCCAGGGCCGGUUAUUUAUGCUCAAGAAGAUGAUAGAAUCAUUGUCAAAGUAACCAAUGAGACACCUUACAAUACCACAAUUCACUGGCAUGGUGUGAGGCAAAAGCUGUCAUGCUGGUUUGAUGGACCUUCAUACAUCACGCAAUGUCCGAUUCAAGCUGGCCAGAGUUUUACAUAUAAUUUUACAAUGGUGAAGCAGAAAGGCACCUUUUUCUGGCAUUCUCAUGUUUCAUGGCUAAGGGCAACCGUCUAUGGUGCCCUCGUAGUUUAUCCCAAAACCGGGGUUCCUUACCCAUUCAAAGUGCCUCAUGAAGAACGUAUCUUAAUACUAGGGGAGUACUGGCUUCAAGAUGUUGUACAGCUUGAGCAUGACACCGUAGCAAGCGGAGGACCUCCUACACCUGCAAAUGCCUUUACAAUCAAUGGCCACCCAGGCCCCAAUUACAACUGCUCCAACAAUGAUGUAUAUCAAAUUGAUGUGGUAUCUGGGAAGACAUACAUGCUAAGGCUAGUACAUGCAGGCUUAAAUGUAGAGAGUUUCUUUGCCAUUGCCAAUCACAACCUGACCAUUGUUGAAGCUGAUGCAGAGUACACAAAGCCGUUCACCACAGACCGUGUGAUGCUCGGACCAGGCCAGACUAUGGUAGUCCUGGUCACCGCCGAUCAGCCCCAAGGAAAAUACUCCAUGGCCAUGGGACCUUACAUGUCAGCAAAGGGUGUUAAGUUCCAAAACAUUUCAUCCAUUGCUUACUUUCAAUACUUGGGGGCUGUACCUAAUAGCUUCACUUUACCUGCUAAGCUACCCAGCUUUAAUGAUAAUCUUGCCGUUAAGACGGUAAUGGAUGGAUUAAGGAGCCUAACUGCACCUGUUAAUGUCCCCAGAAAGAUUGACAGUGAGCUAUUUAUCACCAUUGGGUUAAAUGUUCAAAAGUGUCACUCCAAGACACCCAAGGAAAAUUGCCAAGGCCUUAACAAUGGGGUUAUGGCAGCAUCAAUGAACAAUAUAAGUUUUGUGAAGCCUAAAGUUUCAGUCCUGGAAGCUUAUUAUAAGAGGAUAAAUGGGUAUUUCACUGAGGACUUCCCUGGGGUACCCAAGAAGUUUUAUGACUUUGUUAAUGGAGCACCUAAUAGUAUUCCUAAUAAUACAGAGGCAAUAUUGAAUGGGACUAGAACCUUGGUCCUUGAAUAUGGUACUAGAGUGCAACUGAUUUUGCAGGACACUGGGACUGUCACUACUGAGAACCACCCAAUUCAUCUUCAUGGCUAUAGCUUCUAUGUAGUUGGGUAUGGUACUGGGAACUACAAUCCCCAAAAUGCAAGCUUCAACUUGGUGGAUCCACCCUAUAUGAACACCAUUGGAGUUCCAGUUGGUGGAUGGGCUGCUAUUCGUUUCGUCGCUGACAAUCCUGGGGUUUGGUUUAUGCAUUGUCAUUUGGACAUACACCAGUCAUGGGGAUUAGGAACAGUGCUUGUUGUAAAGAAUGGAAAAGGAAAGCUUGAAUCACUUCCUCACCCUCCUGCAGACCUGCCUCAAUGCUAGUGCCUUUGAUUUAUUUAUUUAUUUUUGGUCUGUUAGCGCCUAUGGAUUUCAAUAGCUGACACAGAAGGAUUGUUGUAACCUUUUACUUUCCGGUCAAGUAUUCUUUGUAUCUUGUAUCUAAUGUGUUACUGCACCAUUUCUCUGAAACUUUUAAAUUGUGGGUGUAAACAAGAAGAAUUAAUGAUGAAUAUAACAAGGGAUUUUUCUUUUCCUUCA